AUGAGGCUAAGCGGCCACUUCUGGUUUUUUCCGUGGCCUCCUCCACUUCGCAGAGCACCAGCGCCCUGCUUGAGCAAAGGCCGAUAUUGGGGCCCGACGAGCGAGAUCGAUAACGCAGCUUUAAUGAAGCUUGCUCUCAAGAUCAUUGAUCCUGAAGGGGAAUUAGGAGGAGUAGGGAUUUGGGUAGGAGACAAGAAGCAGGGAUCCUACAGCACUGUCUAUUUCCUACAGCUGAUUACAGGUGAUAAGAUCGCAAUCAAGGUGCCGGAAGUGGGCUAUAUAGAGCGCUGGACUCCGGAAGACGCCUACAACCUCCAUUCGGAGGCAACGACGAUGCGGUCCUUCAGAGAGCGUUGUUCAGGAUUCCUGCUUCCAGAAGUUUACGCCUACUCGACGAAUCUCAACAACGAAAUCGGUGCGUCGUACAUCGUCAUGGAAGUAAUGGAAGGCGUACCUACUUGCGAUAUCUGGCGUGGCGCAUCCACCGAGGAUAUAGAUGAGCAAAACGUCGCCCAGAAUGGGUAUAACUUGCUCGAAUCGUUGGCAUAUUCUAUGGCUAGGCUGCGAAGCAUGCAGUGCCGCAAGACGGGCACAUUCUACUUCGAAACCGACGAUAACUUGGACAAGCCGAAGAUAGGUUCUAUCCACACUUGGCAAGAUCCGUCCGAUAUCAAUGACCAUAUAGACGAUAUUAGUAUCGCCCGCAAGAUCGUAACAUUUCCUGCUAGGCUCUCCGCCCAUGCAUAUUUUCGACCGGUGCUUGUUAAGAAAUGGGGCGACGACCUAGACGUCGAAAUGAAGGGUGCCUUGAAAGUCACACUCAAAGCGCUGGAAUGCGAACCAUUAGCCCGAUCAUCCAAACCGGAGACCACCGAAGAGACCUUCGUUUUACAACACCCUGAGUUCAACUUGCAGAACAUCAUCUGCGACCCGAAGACCGGGGAAGUCACAGGAAUCAUCGAUUAG